UUGAAACAAUCAACCACGUUCUUUACAGCAACGCAUUUCUCUCACGUUCAACUACUCUUUUCGUUCUAUACCCAUUUCUUCUCCAAACAAGAACAAGAACAAUAAACAAAAUGCGUUUCACCAUCAUCGCCGCUUCUCUCGUCGCAGCUGUUGCUGCUCAGUACCCUGCUGCUAGCGAGACUUGUGCCGCCCCGGUCACGGUCACGGUCACCAAGACCAUGGGCCACACUCCUGUUGCUCCCUCAAGUGGUUCUGCCUACUACCCAACCACCGUUGCUGUCUACCCCACCAGCACUCCUCUGGUUCCCGAGGCUUCCACCGCCAUCAGCGGUGCCCCUCCUGUCGUCUCUGGUACCGCUGCCCCUACCGGCACUGGCGUUCCCAUCCCCGAGUUCACUGGUGCUGCUUCCAGCGUCAAGGUCGGCAGCGCUCUUGCCGGUCUCGGUGCCGUCGCCGCUCUUCUGUUGUAGAUAUGCACGUGAAGGACUCCUCUUGGGAAAAUACUAGGGCAGAGCAGCUGUAUAUACCCUGACUUACAAUUCUUUUUACCCCUCUUUUAAAUCACACUUUGGGCUACGUUUACGGACGCCU